UCUACGGCGACGAGCAACCUCUCCACGACGGCGGCGACAGUCGCGAACGGCUAUUCUACCCUGCUUGACGUAUACCUCUGCAUCGCCUGAAUCUGCGUAAUACCCUGGCUCUUGGACGAGCUAUGCGGUUCACGAUACUGAAGGCGCCGUUCAAGUUCGCGUCCACCCAAGUCGCUGUUCUCACAGUCCUCGUCUACGCGGCUGUGUUUGCAAGCGUCCUCAUAUAUGAUGAGCUACCCAAUCUACCGAAGAAUACUUGGGGCUUGGAUCUUGACCAUGCGUACGAUGCAUUGAGCAAGAUUACGACCGGCCCCCACCCUUUUAUCUCGCAUGCCAACGACGCCGUACGAGAAUACAUUCUAUCGCGACUCGAACCUCUCGCCGCGCGUCACGACUACAUCCAUAUCUCAGACGACACAGUCUCCAACGUGACCUACGUGAGGGGCGGCGAGUACGCUGUGUAUUUUGAAGGCAACAACGUCCUUCUCAAGAUCGAUGGCACGGAGCCCGCAUCGGACGGCGUCCUAUUUUCGUGUCAUUUCGAUUCAGUCUCCUCCGCUCCUGGUGCGACGGACGAUGGUAUGGCAGUGGCGACUUUGCUACAGAUGGCGGAGUACCUGUCCGCGAAGGAGAGGCGACCUCGUCGGACAGCCGUAUUCUUUUUCAACAACGGCGAAGAAGACGGACUUAACGGCGCCCACGCGUACUUCGAGCAUCCCUGGUCGAACCUCACAUCGGUCUUCAUCAACCUGGAGGGGGCCGCGGCUGGCGGUCGUCCUCUGGUUUUCCGGUCGACAGCAUACGGACCUGCAAAUUCGCUGCGUGCAGGACAUGUGAAGCAUCCUCACGCCAGCAUCCUCACCUCAGAGGCGUUUUCUGCGGGUAUGAUCCGCAGUGCGACUGACUAUGAGAUCUAUGCGAGAGGCGUCAAGGGAGAGGCUGCGGGACUGCAGGGUUUCGACUUCUCCUUCUACAAGAACCGGGCAUACUAUCACACUCCGAGGGACUCUAUCCCAGGUAUGGGGCCCGGAAAAGCAAAGAAGUCGCUGUGGGCGAUGAUGGAUACCGUGAGAGGGACCGGUUUGAGUCUACUCAACGAUGACGAACCCGGAACCGAUGCGAGCCCAACUGUAUACUUCGACAUCCUGGGAAGUGGUCUGGUUGUGCUUACCCAAGGCGCUGUGUAUGCGAUCAACGUAGUCCUCCUGAUAUUGGGACCGCUCAGCACGAUCGGUCUUCUCGUCUGGGUCGUGCUCGCCUCAAAAAAGCGUUCAGAGCUAGAGUCGGUACCCGCCGCUCAUGAUGAGCCCAGAUGGAGGACUGUUGUGAGAGCCCUGCUUGGGUGGGAACGUUUCUGGGUCGCACUCGGUGUCGCCGUUCUGAUCCAUGUCGGCUUCAUUGCUGCAUUCGUUAAGCUUAAUCCGAACAUCGUGCACUCGCAUGCCUAUGCAGUGCUCACCGCCUUCCUAGGCAUCUCGUUCCUUGCUCUAGUGCUUCCCCUGCAGGCCCUGCACUACAUCCUCCCGCCCACCUUCGCGUCCCAGAAGCUCACCACCACGCUCUCACUAUACUUCUUCACCUGGAUCCUCCUCAUCGCCUCCACGGUCGCGCUUUCGACCCGCCAAUACGGGUCGAUGUACUGGGCCACGAUCUUCAACAUAAGCGCGUGGGUCGCGUCGAUUGUCGAACUCGUCCGUGCUGGCCGGCGGCGCGACCCCGGGAACGAGAUGGGCACCUACAGCUUCCUGUUCAGCUCGUAUGGCGAGCAGGAGGUACGUGCCGAGGGCGCCGUUGCCGGGCGCAGGCAGGUUCGCGGUGUACUCUACGAAGCGCCGGAACCCAUGCUUGAUUCUGAGGCGGGCGAGAACGGCGUCCACCACGAGCCGACUGAGGGCGUGGAAGUCGAGACGGAGCCAACUGAGAUCACUCCGCUCAUUCACCAACACAGGAGACAUACUGAGGGUGGCGGCGAGUACCUCACAGUGGACGCGCCCGACGACGUGAAGGUCGUCGGGAAGCCUGCGGACGAGCACGGGUGGUGGAUCGCGCAGGUGUUGUUGCUCAUCCCGCCCGUGUCGGUGCUGUUGUUCCAGUUGGAAGUCUUGUUGCUCAAUGCUACUAUGCACACGUUGCCUGAUGGGAGUCCCCCAUUCACCGUAUACCUCAUCCUCGCGCUCUUCUCAACGCUGAUAUUCAUACCCAUCACGCCCUUCGCACACAAGCUGCCUCAGGCCCUAAACAUCGUCGUCGCGGGCGCCGUACUUCUCAUCCUCGCCGUUACCUGGACGAUCUUCCCCUUCUCGCAGGAGUGGCCCUUCCGAGUCUACUUCCAGCAAUCCGUCGAGCUCGCGUCCGCCUCAUCUGGGCUUGCCAUCAAUGGUGCGUCAGGCCUACAGACUGCCCCACUCGAGAUCGUCCGCGCAGAGACGACUCUCACCGGCCUGGGCAAGUAUAUCCCCCGAACAAUUGUGCCCGAGAUCCCGUCCUCCCGGCACGACACCGUGCUCUGCACCGCCAAAGGACUCCGGCCAGACCUCACGACGUGCCGCUGGGCGACGGACCUCAUCCCCUCCCCCGGCGGGAACUUCUCCUCCGCCUCGGGCCCAUCGCUCAAGCAGCACUGGCUGGACGUGCACACCACGCGGCUAAACGGUACGCGGGCACUCGUCUCCGUGCGCGGAGCGAACACGCGCGGAUGCAGGCUAUACUUCGACCGUCCAGUCUCCUUCCUCUACGUGCACCAAGCGUCGGACCCCACGCACUCCCCUCUCCCCGUCCCACACGCGAAGAUGCACAUACAGGGCGGGUACGAGAUGCCCGCUACGGGCGUGAAGGAGGUGCGUCUGUGGAGCCGGGCGUGGGACAAGGCUUUCGCCGUCGAGGUCGGCUGGGAGGGCAAGGAGAGCGAUGAGCUGACAGGGCGCGCGGCGUGCGAGUACGCGGAGUACGCGAGCGCGCUCGGGGGCGCGGGGAGCGGGCUGAUCCCGGCGUAUGAGGAGGUGAAGCAGUUCCUGCCGCUGUGGGCGCUGCCGACGAAGUUGACGGACGGGCUGGCGGAGGUGUGGACGAAGUUCUCGGUCUAAGUAAAAACCGGUUUUCUUCGCUUGGUAGGUGAGCUUUGUGACGCUGUAUCCCAAUCUAUGCGAACAUGAUAGCUAGCAUUUUGGAUGAAUUUGAUAUGC